CAUCAAAAUGAUUAAUAAAAAUCUUGUUUUCUUAUUACCGAUACUCGUUUUAUUAUUAAAUCAAGUCCACGUUAAUGCCGUGGCGCAAGAUUAUGUUCCUAGAAAUAUUGAUAUAGAGCGUUCGCCUAAAAAUAUUUUGGUCGGUUCUUAUGUUGGAGGAAGAAGCCAUCUUAAACCAAUGUUAGAUGUUGCUACUAUAUUAAUUGAAAGAGGUCACAACGUAAUUUUAUUAACAGCAGGAAAAUAUGAACCAUCAUCAGAGUACCCAGGUCUAAAACAAAUCACAUUAGGGCCUAAAAUGACUGUCAAACAAGUUAAAAUGGAUAUUUAUAAAGACUUUGAUUACAGAACAAUGGUACCGUUUAUGGAAUUUACUACGGCUGCCUACAACGUAACUUAUGAAAAAUUUAAGAAUGCUGCUAAAGAAAAUAAUAUUGAUUUAUUUAUUUGUGACGUUUUGGCAAAUAAACCUUGCAUAGAUGUUGCUAAUAAUCUAAAUAAACCUGUCGUUGGCUUUACUUUAUCUAUGCAAAUGAUGGAUCCUAAACCAUAUAACUCUGAUCCGAUGUACGGCUGUAAUAUCUCAUUAGAAAAUGAAUCAAUUUUUGAGAGGUUUAGGUGUGCUUUAAUACAACCUUUGAAAAUAGCUUAUGCUUAUGGGCCUUUGAUGUGUAAAUUAAAUGACAUAAGAGACCAAAUGAAUAUAAAAUCGGUAUCGGGAACAGUGCCAAAAGUUUCCUUAGCUUUGAUUGAUACUUUCUUCGGUUUUGAGUUACCACAAUCUUUAGCACCAAAUGUUCAGGAAAUUGGACCAGUAUUAUCAGAAGAAUAUCCCCCACUUACACCUGAAUUCUCGGAUUUUAUAAAUGGACACAAACGAGUUUUAUACGUAGCUUUUGGUACAAAUUUCUACGCAUCUAUCGAGAAUAACAACAAAAUUUUGCAAUCACUUGUUGAAGCAAUUAACAAUAAAAUGGUUGAUGGUGUAGUUUGGGCAUUAUCUCAAACAUCAAAAGAUGAUUUCAGUCCAACGUUAAGCUUUACAGAUGGUACACAAUUUGCACCACAAUUCGCUGUACUUAAUCACACCAAUACGAAAUUAUUUUUUAGCCAUGGAGGCGCAGAAAGUACUCAUGAAUCUCUUUAUACUGGUACUCCUAUGUUAGUGUUACCUUUUGGUGGCGAUCAGAUGGGCAAUGCUCAAAAAUUAAUAAAAUCAGCCGGUAUAGCAUUAUCAAUAAAUAAAAAUUCUUUGGAUGUCAAGGAUAUUUUAAAUAAAAUCGAUUUCUUAUUAAAAGAUGAACAUAUAAAGAAGAAUUCAAAGAGAAUGAAAUAUCUAGCCAGAAUUAAUAGUAAUAGAAAAUAUAGAGCAGCCGAUUUAAUUGAAUAUAUGUUAUAUAGUA